AUGAAACCUUGCAUAAGAGAAGUUGGUGUUGACGCAAUAAAGCUCGCUCUAUCAUUCCAAAUCUCACCUCGAAAACUCGCGGUUCAACGAAAUGACGGCUCCACAUCCGAAGCGCGCCAAUAUCAUUGCGCUACAUGUCGAUGGAUGGGAUGUGCAGAAAAUAGCGAAAACUCUCGCCAUGAGUUCAAAAACUGUCAGAUGACCGCUACAGGUGUAGGAGGGACCAUGGACCGUCAGAGAAGUGGUCGUCCCAGACUGGCGGUCACACGGAGCAACCAUUAG